AUGUUUUCAGUGGUCCCAUUGGGAAUUAUUGGUGAAACCAGUAGAACACAGUGCCGGGAAGGAAGAGCGAUGAAUGUAAGUGAUUUUUAGGGUUGUUUAUUUGACGAAUUUUUCAAAAUGGCGUCGAAUUGCCGUCGUUUUAGUCGUUUUGGUUAAUAACUUUAUUAAACGUUUGGUUAACUGUAAAUUGAAAAUUCAGAUGUACGAAGCUUCCACGCGCGGGACUGACCUAGGCUAUGGUGAAUAACGUGAAUAUUAGUCGAACUAGUUUUACUGUCUUAUUCUUCGGUCGCUUUGACAGGAAGGAGCAAUUUAGUUCCUAGAAAUUUUUAAUUCUUUCGAUUUUUUAGCAAAAAUAUACAAACAUUUUCCAACAAAGAUCAAUUUGACAACGUGACUGACGCGUCAAGUUGACAACCCUAGUUAAAACUUUUUUGAUUUUUUAGGUAUUAUUUUUACAUAAUGUUAACUAAAUUAUAUUAGGAUACACCUGCUCUCUCCUGUAUAGAAGUAAAUUGCACAUAUAAAACUGAUGCCCAAAGAAAGCUAAAACAACAUGUAAAACGAGCCCACACUGGAGAUGUCGUCAUUUGCUCUGUUGACGGGUGCGGGUUUUCGGCCAAGUACUGGUGUUUGCAAAAACAUGUGAGGGAAUUCCAUGGCCAUGGAGCUUCGGGAUCGGAAGUAAGAGGAUUUUAUUACUACACCAACAGAAAGCGAUUUUGAGUAACAGUUUAUUUUUAUAGGUAAACAGUGUGUCUGUGAGUGAUCUAGCGAGUUCAGUGGGGUGUGGAUCAUGCAGCAAGUCAUUCAGCACUCAAAUCCAACUAAAGAGACAUGUGGCUCGAGUUCAUGAUAAGAGAUAUACCGAGAAGCCUCGAGAUAAACAGCACAAAUGUAAUGUCGACGGGUGCAGCAAAAGUUUUAGGACUCCCGGAGCAUUGGACGACCAUAUGAACACGCAUUCAGGUUGGUUUUUAUUUUAUUUUAACUUUAAUAUUGUAGAUGAUCGACCCUUUGAAUGCCAGCGUUGCGAUAAAGCUUUUCACGGCCGCGCUAGUUUGGCGGUCCAUCUUCGUCGAUAUCACUUAGUCAGCAUUAAGGACUUUGCUAAGACCAUCAAAUUUCUUCGGUCUGAGUCGGAGAGUAACGAAUUAAGAGUGAUGCCUUGA